UCUGGCCUCUCUCCUCUCCUUCUGCUUAUCUAGCUCUGCUGGCAUUUGAAGACAUGUCCCCAGCCCAAGCUCCUCCUCCUCCUCCUCCUCCUCCUCCUCCUCAGCACCAAAACGACCAAAACAUUGAGUUGGAUGCUGGCCGCUCAGGUUGAGGCGUGGCCUGCCUGCCGUCACUCCAUAGACUGACUGAUAGUCUCGGGUGGCCCGCCCGGCUUGGAGCCGGCUAUUGAUAUUGGCAUUGACCGAGUUGCCAGUGGUUUGUAUCGAGUUUACAAAGAUGGCUGACCGCCCCAAACGCCUGCACCGCCCACCCAAGGUCCGGACCAAGGUGGCUCGGAAAAAGAAAACCCCCAAGAAAUGGAGCGUGAGUCCUUUAGAUUUGAAGGCCCAGGCUGUCAAGUUGAGCCACGAUGCCCCCCAUGGUGGGGAGGGGGAGGGCGACGGGGGCGUGGGCCAGCCCAGAUUGUGCGCUUUUUGUCAUCGCCCUCGGGAUACCAGUGAAUUGGAAGCCGGAGAAUUUUUCCAGAUUGGACCCAUCGUGGUGCAUUAUUUUUGUGUCCUCUUCAGUUCUCAGUGUCGCCAAAGAGGCACGGACGAGCAAGGUCUCUUUGGCUGUUUCCUCUCGGACAUUCAGGCGGAAUUAAAGCGCGGAGCCCGAUUGCUGUGUCAUUUCUGCGAUCAACCGCAAGCCACGGUGGUGUGCUCGUUCAAGGGCUGCCAGCGCACCUUCCAUUAUACGUGCGGGCGUGCGGAUGGCUGCAUAUUCGUGUUUACGGGUAACAUGAAGGCCUAUUGUGCCCCCCACGGUCCUCGGGAUCGCCAACCUCCCACCGUCCAUGAUCUCAUUUGUCUGGCUGGAUGCUCAGAAAAAAUCAAUUCGAAACAAAGAUGCAUUACCAGUCCUUGUUGCGGGCGGCGAUAUCAUUAUCAUUGCUUGCAAAGCAUGGCCUUGGCCAGUGGACUGGCUCAUUUCAAGUGUCCGAUCUGCUCAGAGAAGAGUGAGUUUGCUCAAAAGUGUGUUCAAUACGGCGUAUACAUUCCGAAUCGCGAUGCGGCAUGGGAGCAGCCCUCCCAUGAGAACUUCUACCAAUUUGCUGCCAUGGGUCAAAGUCGACGACAUUGCGACGCGCCCAAGUGCCUUUGUGACAUCGGGCGAUCCUACCACAAACCCAAUUCGAAUUUUCAAAUCGUCCCGUGCACCUUUUGCGGAAGCCGUGCGGUCCACAUCAAAUGCGGCCGACUCGAUCCGGAGAGUAUUCGUUACAUUUGCGAAACCCACGGUGACGAUGCCAGCCCCACUUCCCAAGAUCAUUCCACCGACGCCUCCGAGUCCUCGGAGAAUGAAACAGGAGAACGUGCUGAUGUAGCAGUGGCAGAUCAUGACGUUGAAGAGCCCAAGGAUGACUCUGAGGGCAGUGACAAGCCACAGGAAGUACAACUGGUGGACUUGUCCACUUCCUCCGAGGACGAGCACAAGAAGGAGGUCGAUGCGAGGUCGGAAAGUGCUCAAAGUAGGAAAAGACGCUUGGCCUUUGAGGCGUUCAAGGCCAGACUCCAAAAGAAGAGCCGACCUCCCCCUGCGAGUCAUGAGAGUGAGGAAGAGAUCGAGAUCAUUGAUCCGGGUCAGAGUACGCCCCCCCGGAGAAUCCAAUUACGUAACGGACACACCCUAGCGUAUAUUCAGAUCAGGGAUAGGUCUGCCGUAAGCGGACCCAGGCGGUCCUCGCGGCAGAAAUCCACCCAUCGACCAGGAACCGGUCCCACCCAAUCGGAGGAGAGUCCCAUUCUUAUCCUGGGCUCUUCGGACGAAGAUUGAAUUGACUUCUAUGUUUCCUGUUUUUUCGUGAAUGAGAUCAAGACUGGCAAGAGGUCAUCAUGCAUCCAGCGGCCCACAUGACAGUUUUGCUAGCGAAAUCUAGCCUAUUUUUUAUAUAAAAAAAUAAAAAAAUAGGUUAGACGAGCGACAUAAUGUCAGCAUUGUAGAAGAAGAUCACAUGAAUGGCUCAACAUUACCGAUUAAAAAUGUUUCCCCUGAA